AUGCUCGAAAUUGCUUCUGGUUUUGGUCAUCAUGCUUCAAUCAUCACCUCAUCAUGGUCUGAGACUGAAGUGCAGACGACUGAGGCGCAAGACGAAUGUCUGGCUGCCCUAGAGGCGUUGUCAAACAUUGAACAGAGCCUCUUAAUGCCUCGUAAGCUCAAUGUCCUGGACGAGCGACACUGGGAGUCACUGGAAGAUUUACCGCCCUACGGUGCAAUCUACUGCUCCAAUCUUAUUCACAUCAGUCCGUGGUCGGCAACAGACGCACUCUUCAAAUAUGCUGCCAAGCUCCUCACGGAAUCAGGAUGGGUGUUCCUGUACGGUGCAUACCUACGUGAUGGAAAGUUCACUUCUGAGGGAGAUGAAAAGUUUGACGCUAGUCUUCGCUCUCGUGAUCCUGCUUUCGGCUUGCGUGACCCUGUUGAGGUCGACAAGGUUGCUGCUCAAUAUGGCUUCAAGCGUGUAUUUGAAAUGGACAUGCCAAGCAACAACAAGGCUUUCGCCUGGAUGCGAUGA